CUUGUGGAAAGGAAACAUAAAGAAUGACUCUUUCACACCUUCGCAUUAUUUUAUGGAGUGUAUUCUUCGUCUUUUUGCCACAAGUGAGCCGUGGAUUACUGUCUGAUUUGAAGCUCUGUGGAGAUCCAAAGUGUUAUAGCCAAAUGAGCAGGGUCCGGGCCGUCAGGGAUCACGACGGAAAGGAUUGUCGUUUUCUGACUUUCCGGCAAGGAGAAAGCAUCUUUGUGCACCACAAACUGACAGGAAAGAGGAGCGAUCUUUGGUCUGGCAGUAUCAACCAACGGUCUGGCUAUUUUCCAAAAGAAGCCGUCAAAGAGGAACAAAAAAUUGCAACUGAGGAAAUAGUCAUUGCAACACAGGAAUCUGAUUUUCUGUGUACGGAUAACCUGGGCUAUCCCAUUGACUCCAGUCAUUUGAACGCUGAUGAUGAGGAGGAGGAGGUUGAGAACAAAGACUCUCGUCUGAAGAGCCCACUUGAGGACCUUGACUCAAGUGAAACAAACAAUUACAAUGAAGAUACGAAUGCUCGGACUCCAACAAUGAAGGACUCCUCUUUGGAAUCUCACAGCGCAUCAAGAGAAGAGAUUGAAAACGAGGAUAAUGGCGGUGCCGAGACUAAGGCGAAAUCACCUGAAAGCGCUGUGGAACUGAAGGAAAAAGGUGGGUCUCCUGCCUCUUCCUGGCUCAGGUCUUCAGUGACGGGAUGGUUAGGUGGAGGGAAACAGGAAGAACCUGACAAUUCAGCUGAGGUACAGAAGCAUUUGAUGCCAGGACAAGAUUUGCUCCCAUCUUCACUGACAGGGUGGCUGGGCAUAACAAGUGAAGCAAAUUCCGUUUCUGCCGCUAAAGAUGAUCCAAACCAAGGAGAGCAGGACAGAAAAGCGGUUGAGUCCGGGUGGCUUGGCUUUGGAGGUGAGGAAAACGUCAAGGAGGAGGAUGAAAGACAACCGGACUUAAAACCAGAAUCGGGAGAGAACUUCAGAAGCAGAAAGAUGUAUCUGGACAUAGAAACACAACCGAUCCAAGAGAAGAAGGGGCACAACGUGGGGACAUUGGGCUGGCUUGGAAAUGGACUCUCACAAACGCUUGGCUUUGGCCUGAAUGACCCAGACACCAGUCAGACCAUUCAAGGAGAAGUUGAGAAGGAUGGCAAACAAGCAGAAUCCGCUUCUUGGUUCGAUUUGGGGAUCAGAAACAUUUUAGCCCUCGGGGAAGACGACAAGGUAGGUGACAUAACUGAUUCGGACGCCAAGUCUGACCGUAAGGUGCCGUCUGACCAUGGCAAGGAUAGCCACUUAGAUGACACUUCUCAGGUUGAUCAAACGGGCGACCCUAACCCUCAAAACCAGAGAACAGACAAUAAUAAUGGUAACGAGGAAGGAAACAACCAUUUAGCAAAUAAGGAUGAUGUCACCUCAAUGCUCAAUGCUCCAUGGAAUGAUGAGCCGACUUUACCUGAGCAAGGUGACAAUUUGGACAAAUCCAACAUAUCAAGUGACGAGGGAGGGAAACGAGAAAAAGAAAGAGUAGGGCAAGAAAGUGGCUCCUCUCCACCGUCUAAAAGGGAAAUACUACAAGACUCCGAGCAAGAUGACAGUCAGGGAAAUGACCAAAAGACUCAAGAAGAUCAUCGAGAGGAUAUAGACGAGGAGGAAUUGAAAGGAAAAAGGCAGGACCAGUUGAAAAGUGGAACACAAGAGAAUGUCACUGAUGAUAACAAACAAGAGGAAGAACCUCUGGAAUUCGUUUCAGAGCACUUGAGAGAUGCUCAAAUGGUACACCAAAAGCUGCCUGAAGAGGAGAAAGGAAAACGUUCAUCCCAUGAUGUGGAAGGCCCUUACCUCCAAAGCUCAUUCAUAUCUGCCUUCCACUUUUUCAAAGAAAGGAGCUUUGUGUCUUCUCUUGGACCCAACAAGGAAGAGGACACAUCGAACCAUGACAAAUAUAAAGAAUUUGAUGAGGAGGAAAAAAUGGACCAGGUGAAGACCAUAGAAGAAGGGGAAGCCUCUCCAGCGUUGAUAGAGAAGCCGGAGGAAAUUGUCCAGGGAUACCACAAACACAAAGAGGAACAUGAAUCCAGUGAAAAGCUCAAAAUCUCCGAAGAGCCACAAUCUGAAUCACCACAAGAGUUCCAAGAGAUGGAGCAGAUACAUGAGAAGAAGCUGCCAGAGUCGAUCGAGAGCCAUCAGCAGGAUGAUGAGGAGGAGUCCAAAGUUGGGAAAAAGGAAGGAGUUCAUAACUCGAUGCAGGAGGAGGAGAAUGCAGACCAGUUUGAAGACGAUGAGCAGAAAGGCUCCAAGAAGCUGCUGGAAUUGAAUGAUGAGUCAGACGAGGAGAAGCAGGAAACAUUUUCUGAUUUGAAGCAGAGCGUGUUUGAAGAGCAGCACAAGCCGAAGACCAGAGAGGAAAUGGAUGACGAGAAGCAUGAGCAACUCAAGGGGAAAGCAGAUGACCUAGAAGAUGAAAAGCAGGAGGAGCUCCAAAGAGGGCAGAAGAGUGAGGUCGGCGAGGUCUCGGUGCAGAAGAUGCAAGAAGAGGACCAAGAGGAAGCGUUUCGAGAGAGACAGAAGCAGCACGAGGUGGAAAAGUUAGCCGAGAACGAGUACCAGGUCGGUGAUGAGGGAGGAGAAGAGUUAGACAAGGAGCAGGAGCAGCUGGAAAAGUUAGAUGAGAAGAAUGAAGAAGAUGGGUUCGAAGAGAAGGAAAAUAUCGCCCCAGAGGACAUUGAGCCGGAUUUGUCUUGCCAUCUGACACACCAAACACAUUUACAUGAGAAAGAUGCUCAGACCACUUUAGUUGAGACAGAGAGCCGUGAAAAAACGGCAAAUGGAGCAUGUGUGGAGAAACUCCACGAUGAUAGCCAAAGGACAAUAAAAGAGUUGACAGACUCACCCUCAGGCUUUGAUGGGAAACCAAGUGACAUGUCAACGACACAAACCCCUCAGAGUCCCCAAACUAAAGUGGACUCCGCGACAAAGAGUGAUAAAAACUUGCAUCCGCCACCCUGGAAUUUUCCUAGCCAUUCUCUGAAUACAGCGGAGCCCCACCAACCAACCCCCAGUGAGACUCUCCGAGAUCACAUGAGCACAGAAGAGACGACCCUUUUAGCGGAGCUGUUAGGCCAGAAGAAAUUGGAACAUUUGAAGGACAUCUUUGGCCACGCAGAUCAAGAUCCCGAUGAAUCAAUCUCGUCGGAUAUCGAGACGAUUCUGCGCGAGCACCGACAGAGACUUUGGGAAGCACCGGAAGAGGACAAAGUAAAGACCGCAACCCUUCUUGCCAUUCAGAAACUAGAAAUACUGCUGAAAAGAGCAAGAGACACUUUCCACACCAGGAAAUCAGAGCCCAAUAGAAUAAACGCUCAAGCUCAGACAAGUUGCGUUGGUGCAUGUCGCAAAGAUCAAGAGACGACGACGACUGUGGCUAUGCAGAUUGAGGAUGCCACUCACAAGCAGUCAUCCUCUCCGACUCGUGCAACGGACUUGGUCAAAUGGUCUAAAAUGAAGGUCGUGUCAUUACUGCCUCAUGACCUAAGGCCUGGGCCUGACUUCUUUGGAAUCCCAUGGGAACUACUGAUCAUCUCCAGUCUGGUGGGGCUGGUGACAAUGUUAUUGUUCAGCUGCAGAUGUUACAGCUCUGUGAAAAGCAGAUUGUAUCGCCGUAAAGAGUGGUGGAUGGCAGAGCAGGUGGCAAAACUUGUUGAAGAGAAGUGUGAAGUCCUAGAAACCCUCAGUAAAUGCCAACAAGAGUACGAUGAGCUUGAGAACUCAUUAAGUGAAAGUGGCGCCGUAGCUCAAACCCAGAAGGCUGAUGUGGAGGUUCGAGCCCGACAGUUAGAGCUUAAUACCAGUCAACUAGAAGAAAGUCUACAAAAAGUGAAGGAUCAGUUGGAUCAGCAGAGAGCUCACCGACUAGAACAGGAGCAAAAGGUCACACUGCUCGAGCAGAGCAUGGAAGCGAUGGAACUGGAAGCCAAGGAGCUCCAAUCGCAAGAACAACAGGCUCAAACAACCAUCAAAGUGUACAAUAUGAACAGUGAGAGACUUCAGAAGAAUAUGGAAACAUCUGGAGAAGAAAAUACUCUGCUCAAGGAGAGCAACGCACAGUUAGGGCAGCAGGCGGAGGGUUGGGCAGAGCGAGUGAGUGAACUGGAGGAGGAGAUGAGGCGCUAUGAAUUGACUCACAGUGGGAUGGUGCAGGAUGUGGCCAACAGGGACGAACGUAUCAAGUCCCUCACCGAUCGGCUGCUGGAGAUGAAAGCUUGGGAUGCCAAUCUUGAGGGGGACGAAGGUGACACAUCGGCCGGAGCGGACGGGAAUGGGAAAGUCGAUGCCCCCGAUUCUGAAGUCCAUCUCCAGAAAGUCCAAAAGCUUAUUUUUGCCGCUAAGCUCAAUGCAGACCUCAAAUCAGUUGACGAAGACAAGGACCGAGUGUUUGCCAAACUGAACGAUGAAGUCCAAGCUAAAGAGGACCUGGAAGUGAGCAUUAAGGAGUUGGAGAGUGAGCGCUUAUCUAUGCAAGCUGACACGGAGCACUACUCUGAACAGGUCCAGCGGCUGCAACAGAAACUCCAGAUCAUGACUGAAAUGUAUCAAGAGAACGAGCUCAAACUACACAGGUUGUUGACAGUGGAGGAAAAGGAGCGUCUGCAGAAAGAAGACAAAUUGAAUAAAGCCGACAAAAACAUUGCUUUGGCAAUGGAAGAACUCAACAACUACAAACUUCGCGCUGGGGAGAUGGAAGAGGAGCUGGAGAAAACCAAACAGUCCUAUCAGACCCAGAUAUCGGCCCAUGAGAAGAAGGCUCACAACAAUUGGCUUGCAGCAAGAGCCGCUGACCGAGAGCUCUCAGACACCAAGAGAGAGAACGCUCUCCUCAGGCAAAAGAUUACAGACACACAGUUCAAGAUGGAUACCCUCGAUAAAGAUCCGUUGGCCUUGGGCAGCCUGGCCAGGCCUUUACCUUUCCGAGCUGAAAGAUUGCCGUACGGCCCUUCUCCUUUGGGUCGACCUGCAUCUGAAAACCGAGCUUUACUCUCACCUCCCACACUUGUUGAGGGGCCUUUAAGCAGACUUUCACCUCGGGUUACCCGUGGUCCAAUAGACCCCCAUAGUGGCCAAGGAGAGCAAGAGCAGAGUGGAGCUGCUCAUUCAGACAGUGGCUCGCUAUCUCCUUCAUGGGAAAGAGAUCGCAGGGGACCCCCACCAGGACCCCCCGGGCCCUUCCCCCAUCAAGGCUAUAUGUAUCCUGAACCUGGAGGUCCAAUCUACCGGAGACCAGGAGUAAUGGGUCCUCUGCCGCCUCCAGGUCUUCAUCCAAGGGGUCUUCCGAGUUCUGGGCCCCUGGGACCCAUCCACCCGGCAGACACAACAGAUGGUACAAACAGAGAAAACCGCCUCGGACCUGAAUACGAUCACAGAGAGCCUGGUCCCGGUGAUAGAAGGACUCCCCCUGAACCUGCUCUGAGAAUGGGCAUGCCACCACCACCCAUGCCGCCCGGACCGCCAAUGGGCCCCAUAGACGGUCCAUUUCCUCGAAGAGCACCCUUUGGACCUCCUGAAUUCUUCCCUCCCAGAGGCCCUCCCAUGAUGCCAAUGUGGGCUCCUCGGCCAGGAAUGAUGUUCCCUCCUCGUUACCCUCCGCCUCCUCACCCGCUUUCUUACGGGCCACCGAUGAGGCUUCCUCCACCUGACGGCCUUCCGCCUCCUUCCAUGGCUCCCCCCACGUCCCAGCAGAACCUCCCCUUUGUGACACAAUCAGAAGAUGAGCAAACAUCCGUUCCGUAACACGCGCAACUAGUCCGGAGCCAAUGUCGACGGAGGCUUGUUAUCAAGUACCGGCCAUUUUGGCAAGCUAAAAUGGAGCAUUUGCUCAUUUGGAAGAUGCUUUGUCGGAGGAAACCUAAGCGGAUGUGUUGAACAUGUGAACUCUACGCAAAAAAGGUGGGAGGUGAAAUUCAAGGCCAGAACUUUUGACUGUGACAAAGACACGAUAAGCAAAUUCUCCACCGUGAUGCUGUGCUGCAUAAUUAUGAAAUGAGCCAAGGGCAUACUGUUCAAUGAUGUCUGCUUGAGUACAAGUCUAUAGAAUUCAUCCAUCUAUUUAUUCCAGACUUGACUCAUAUACAAGGUCAUGUCAUCAUGUCAGACUGUCAUCACAAGUUCCGUUGACUUUAAAAUCCAUGGAAACAAUGAAUUGUAAUUUUACAGUUUCUAUUUGACUGGAAAUCUAAAUUCAUCAGUGUGAGGCUAGAAAAUAUAUUUUAAUAAGAAAAACAAAAAAACAAUGCAUCCUCUGGAAGACUUUACAGAUUGUAUGAAAACUCAAAGUUACAGACAUCAGCAUUCAACACAAAAUGAUUUGAUGUCAUUAUUUGGCAGUUUCUGCUACCAAUGAAUCACAAUGCGUUACAGGCAAUAACAAAUGCAAUCGCCAGCAAACUGUACAAAAACUACACGCAAUUAAAUUAAUUUGAUCAAUAUAAAAUAAAACCAUUGAUUUGGCAAAAUCCAAAAGCUUCACAAACAUCAAUUCCCUGCAUAGGUUUUAAGGCCCUUGUGAGAAGGAAAUAUUCACAAGUGGUCAUGUCAGACAAAAUCAAAACAUUCGAUGAUAUAAUGUCUGUGUGUAAUAGUAUGCGCUUUGUGUGGGGGAAAAAAAAAGAAGAAUCUGUCAGCGUACCGAGUUGACCUGAAAUACUACUGGUAAGAGUGAGUCACUUACUGUUUACAUGUGAGGCUUACCAAAACCAAUGAUGGUGUCAGGAUCGACUGUGUGACAUAUUUGUAAAUGUUGCCAAAUAAAAAAAGCUCCGAGGCCUUUUUCAAGCACAA